AUGCAGUCUUCAAAGAUCAAGCUAGUUGUUCCACGGGGCCUCAAGACCCUGCUUGAGGGGGUGAGCCAGGCUGUCAUGGAAAACAACCCCGAUGACAUUGCAGAGUUUUUUGCUCUCUAUUUCCAAGAGCUCGUCGCCUUUCGGAAAGGGCAUCCAAAUCUGGAUAUAACAGAACUGGUUGAUAAGUUUGAGUUCAUUAGUGAAAAUGAGAAUGAAAGACUGGAAGAGAAGACAUCAGAGUACACAGAUACUUUGUUUUCUGGGGAGCCCAAACAGAAGGACAAGAGUACUGACACGGAGGAAGACCGGCUCCUUGAAGAACCUGAUAUUCAAUACAGCUCCAAAGUAACUCAGCACCCAUCAAUUGCCAGUUCCAUUGCAGAAAGCAAAACCCCCCCUGGAUCUGAUAGAGCUUCAUCCCCUGAGGGACCUGAACUGGUGUACGUCCCUGCUGAGUCCACACAGCUCGCUGCCCACAUGCUAGCCAUGGCCUCAAGUGAAGCAGGACAGCCACCACCACCUUCUAAUGUGUGGACCCUCUAUUGCCUAACUGACCUGAGACAAGGCCAAAACCCACCACCAUCCCUUCCUCCUGCUGGAGCUGGUGUUCCUUAUUCCCAGGCAACCCUCCGUCUUUCCAGGGGGGAAGAUCAACAAUGUGGUCAGCUGGCACAAGUAUCUGCUCCAAUUUACGUGAUGCAAGACGACAGCAAGAGGGGAAACGCUCCACCUUUCAUUUUAGUGGGCUCCAAUGUUCAGAACACGCAGGACUGGAAACCUGUUCCUGGCUGUGCUGUCUUUGCUCAGCGAGAUGCAGGUGCCAGGAGGAGAUUCGUUACAGUCCCAGUGCCAGUCGCCAGGCCAGCUGAUGCGAAAACAGACAUGGCAAAGCCCAGUUCUAAUCCUGCAGAGGAAACCGGGGCUGAGCCAUGCACACCCAGUGUUUUCUUAGUUGCCAUCCCUCUGGAUGAUGUGAUGUCUGCAAAGAAAGGCUCCCCAGCUGGGGAUAAGCACACAGGUACAAAUGCUCCUGCAGAAAGUUAUGGUACUGUGGGAUAG